CUGUUCAAUAAAUUCCUAAAGAGUACUUUCCUGUGGAGACAUUGUGUAAUGGAGUCGCCACGCAAGUUCUUUCCCGCCGUCGUCCUCCUGCUUCUCCUCGUCGCGUCCACAGGUAUGGCGCCGGUGCAGGCGAGGGAAUGUGAGAAGGAUAGCGCUCAAUUCGUUGGGCUAUGCAUGAAGGAAGACAACUGCUCCAACGUGUGCCGUGGUGAAGGGUUCACCUCUGCCCGGUGCAGCACGUUCCGCCGUCGCUGCGUCUGCAUUAAGGAGUGCUAGAUCAAGUGGACGCGUGCACCUUGUCAUCAUGUCAUCCAUGGUGCCUGCAUCAUGCAUGUAUCCAUGUGUGGCACACCUUCAAAGCCUUCAGUUUAUUGAAAGACUUAUUUUUUUCCUUCAUUCAAACAAUAAAACCGGCAGAUAUUUACUUGUUUUCCUUUAUUAGUGAGUAGUAAGGUCCAAGCACCAAACUACGGCGUUCAUUUUACAAGUUCAUAAAUUUCUUGUCAACAUGACUCACUAGAUUUUCAUUGUAACA